UAUAAUAUCUGGCUCACCCAGAAACUUGGUCACUCUGAAGCCUGCCUGGUUAACAGAAAGUGUGGGGCUGAGUUAUUGCCCACCACUGCCAGAGGGGAUGGCAGCUGAUCACGGAGCGACAGCAAUUGAGGCUCCCCAGCUUGAGGCUGUAGUUGAUAUCAGAGCAACUCCCAUAAUUAAAACAGAGGCACCAGAGCUGACAGGCCUUAUACCAGAUGAUGAGGGAACAGAAGGUUCUGGAAAGAGUCUCCAUGUUGUUCCUGGUUGGAGUUCUUUCAUUGAGGCUACAUUGUCCAGGGUUGGGACAACCCUGGGAGAAUUUCAGAGCUGGAUGACGACCGACCACAUUAAGCAGGAACCGGGUGAAGAACUGUGGGAAGCCCGGUGGCAGGAAUUCCUCAAGGCAGUCCAAUCACCACAAGCGAAGUCCUCAGAGGAUGCUCAAGAAUGUGAAGCCAAAGCUGAAGAGGUGACUGAUGUCUCUGAGCAUUCAGAAGGGCAGGGGGUGACAGCACUUCUCCUGAGCCAUCAAAAUGGAGCCCUCCAGCCCUCUGCCUCCCCAGAACCUCACGCUUAUGGGGAAACAAAGGACAAGACCCCUAGAAAGGGGGUUCUUAGUCCUGAGACCCAACGCCAGCGCUUCCGGCAGUUGCGUUACCAGGAAGCCAAGGGGCCCCGAGAGAUCUAUAGCCGGCUGUGGUAUCUUUGCCACCGGUGGCUGAAGCCAGAGAAACACACCAAGGAGCAGAUCCUGGAGCUGGUGAUCUUGGAGCAGUUUCUAGCCAUCUUGCCAUCAGAGUGCCAGAACUGGGUCCGGGAAGGCAGGCCAGAGACUUGCGCUGAGGCGGUGGCCCUGGCUGAGGAUUUCCUGCUGAGGCAACAGGAGGCUGGGAGGCCAGAGCAGCAGGUGCUGGGAACAUUUGAGAAGGUCAUGGUGAGUGUUUUUGAAGUAGACCAGGCGUCAUCUGAUGCUGCAGAGACACCCCCCGACCAAGAGAUCAAGCAGGAAAACGACGGGGAUGUUGCUUUACUGGGCAUUGGCUGGGAGAGAGCAAUUGAUGGGGUCCCGCACGGAGCAUUGCUGGAAAGGAUCGAGUGUCACGAUACAGAAGACUGUGGCGGAAAACACGAUGAACUGAAGAGGCAGCAGAAGAACAAGGCAGAGAAGUGGAAAGAGAAAUCCAGUGUGUUCCCCCCUGACUUUAAAGUCAAACAGAGAUUACACGAAGGAAAAAGAAGGCAUUCGUGCAGUGCCUGUGGAAAAUGUUUCACUUGCAGAUCAAGCCUGAAUAGACAUCAGGUGACUCACACAGGAGAGAACCCACAUAAAUGCCCACACUGUGGGGAAAAAUUCACUCGGAGAGCUAGCCUUAUUGUCCACCAGAGAAUCCACACGGGUGAAAAACCAUAUAAAUGUUUCACGUGUGGGAAAAGUUUCAGCGUGAACUCGACCCUUAUCCGGCAUCAGAGGAUUCACACGGGGGAGAAACCGUAUCAGUGCUUUGACUGCGGCGAAAGCUUCAACCAGCGUACAAUCCUGAUCUCACACCAGCGAAUCCACACGGGAGAGAAACCCUAUCAGUGCUUGGACUGCGGUGAAAGCUUUCGGGAUAAGUCGAGUCAUAUCAGGCACCAGAGGAUUCACACGGGAGAGAAGCCGUACCAGUGUGCAGACUGCGGCGUGAGCUUCCGUGAUAAAUCCAGCCGUAUCAGACAUCAGAGAAUCCACACGGGAGAGAAGCCCUAUAAAUGCCCAGACUGUGGGGAAAGCUUCAGUCAGAGCUCCACCCUCAUUAGACACCGAAGGGUUCACACUGGUGUGAUGACACACAAGUGGUCAGACCAUGUGGCAUCUGUGCAAAAUGAAUCUGAUCUUAAAAGACAUCAGGAUGUUCACACAGAAGAGAAAAAACACUACUACCCAGACUGUGGUGAAACCAACAGCCUGGUGCCAAAUUUGACAUGAUAAGAGGUUGACAAAAUUCUGCAUGGGAUAGAGAAGGUAGAGAAAGA